AUGGAUAACACUACACGAUCUACCGAUGAGCAAAUAAACAACAAUAAAGAAGAAUGUAAUAAAAACGAAAAGAGAAUUCCUACAUUAGAAGAUUUAAAAGAAAAUACAAACCAAAGGAAAGAAGAAGGAAUUAAAGAGCUAGGACAGAAACCUGUACCAAUUAUAACUAAUUAUUGCAAAAUGAAGAAACCAAACUACUUCCUUUAUAACAAAUUUCAUUAUAAAGAAGAACUAUCGCGAAGAAUUGCUAUAAAAAGGGAAUACGGGUUUUACAAUUAUUGUUUUGUAAGUGUUUGCAUUAGUUUUAUACUAGGAUUAUCUAUUGGUGUUGUUAUAAUGGGAUCACCACAAACACAUGUAAUGAAUCCUGUAUUUAAUCCUGUAUUAAAUCCUGCUAGAAAAGUAAUAAAAUUAAAUAGCUCGCGAGAUGUUCAUGCAAGAAGUUUAAAUUCCUUAAAAUACAAUAAUGUUCUUAGAACAAAUAAUAAUGUAGAAGUAAAAAAAGAAGAUAAAGAUUUAAAUAGAUUUACGUCUGUAUCAUUCACCGGGGACAAUGAAACGCAAAAAUACAGUAAAGAUGUAUAUCCAAAAGGUCUAACGGAGGACAUGAAAGAGAUAUUAAAAGAUAACAAAAAUACCCAUCACAAGCAUUCCAUCGCUAAUGUUAUUACUAACAAAACUGACUAUAUUCCUAAUGACCAAACUGUUUUAUAUGACAACAUUUAUUGGGGGCCCGAAGUUGAAAAUUCUAUGCCUCAAGGUUACGGAGAAAAUACAGCUGAAAUUUGGGAAAGAUAUGUUGAGCAGAGCGAAGUUAUUAAAAUGGAAAAUGGAUGUGGAAGAAUGCAAAAUCGAUUAGUGACAUUUAAAGAUGGAAUUCAGGCCUGUGUUCGAUACAGACAAAACACUGAUCAAAUUCAAGGCGAAAUUUUUAGCUUUUAUGUGGGAAGAUUAUUAAACUUAACAAAUUUAGCACCGUCGGUAGUUAAGGUAGUCGAUUUGAAAGACAAACUUUGGCAAAGCGUCGCUGGAGAUAUUUCUACUGCGCAAUGGAAUUCUAAUAGGGCUGUUGUUCUUACUCAAUACAUACCAAGCUUAGAAUCGGCCACAAUUCCAGAAGUUUUUAAGCCUUCAAAUAGACAUCUCAACAAAAUAGAUGUUUUAAAAAUGUCUUUAAAAGAAAGCGAUGUUAAGGAUACGUCUAAGCAAAUUAUGAUUAAUAAGCUAAAAUCAAAAAAUGUUAAAAAUCAGCAAAAGGAAAGUGACAACACGUUUGAUCACAUAAAAAUUAAAUUGACAAAGCAAACGAUUCAACUCUUCGUCGAAUUAGCGCAAUGGUCUGAUCUCAUAAUAUUCGAUUACCUGACAGCUAAUUUAGAUAGAAUCGUUAAUAACUUGUUUAAUUAUCAAUGGAACAUCAACAUCAUGGACGGCCCAGCACAUAAUUUGGCGAGAAAGAUGGAUAGUGGACUGCUAUUAUUUUUAGACAACGAAUCAGGACUCCUUCACGGAUAUAGACUGUUAAAAAAAUACAAUGUGUAUCAUAGUUUAAUGCUAGAUAACUUGUGCGUGUUUAGAAAAAGAACCGUUAACGCUUUAAAAUCUUUAUAUGAACAAUCAGUGGGUGUAAAACUAAGUGAAAUGUUCCAUCAAAAAAACAAUGCAGUGAUAAGGGACAUUUUGCCGCCUUUGCCGGAAAAAAACGCGAAAAUUCUCCAUGAAAGAAUCGGUAAAGUUUUAAGUCAAAUAGAAAAGUGUGAACAAGCUUUUGGUAAUAGAUAG